ACACACAAACACGCUUCUGUUUCCGGCGGAAGUGCCGCAGACUGACAGUUACCGUCGUUAUUUGAACACAACAGACGCGCUAAAAGUAAACAAGAGAUAAAAUCACACUUGAGUCAUUAUGAGUGUGUUUAAUUAGCGCAGAGAGAUGACAUGGCUUCAAAAUCAGAGCAGCUGCUGAUCGUUGUUUCGAUUCUGGAAGGCCGUCAGUUUCCCAGAAGUCCUCGGCUCUCUCUGGUUGUGGAGGCUCGCUUUGACGGAGAGACUUUGGCCACGGAUCCGGUGGAACACAAAGAGCAGCCGCAGUUCUGCACUGAGCUGGCCUGGGAGCUCGACCGCAAGACCCUUCACCAGCACAGGCUCCAGAGGACACCCAUCAAAUUACAGUGUUUCGCCGUCGACUCCGGCACGUCUGUGAGAGAGAGUGUGGGAUACAUCGUCCUCGACCUGAGAUCAGUGCAGGAGAUCAAGCAGGCUCCUAAAUGGCAUCCUCUGCUCAGCAGCAAGUACACGAAGCUCAAACCUGCCCUGCUGAUCAGUAUGAUCUUAGAGAACGACACCAAACAAACCGCUGAGCCCUUCAGAGCAAAGAAAGCUCCACCGAGAGCAGGUUCUCCAGCGCUGGUUCCUCUGGAAGCUGCUAAACUCAGAGCGGUUCUGAACGAGGAAGAAGGUUUUCAUCAGAUCGGACCUGAAGAUCUCUGUACGGACAUAUUUGUGCUGUCCGUAACGGUUGCGUUUGCUACUAAACUGGAGCAGUUGAUCUCCAGCUCGACUAAGCUGUCCAGUGAGGGCUCCGAGUUCUUCUUCUAUUACACUCUGCUGGGGAACGACGUCACCAGCGAACCUUUCCAGAACCUCAUCAGUCCAAACUUUGAGCCAGAGCGGGCGUCCGUCCGCAUUCGCAGCAGUGACCGAGUCCUGCGCCUCUUUCUCAGCCAGCAGCCCUGUCUCCAGAUCCAUCUCUGCUGUGGAAACCAGUCUCUCGGCAGCACCGACGUCAGUCUGGCUGGUUUAAUAAAGAGCAGCGCUGAUCUGACCAAACAUUCUGCCACUAUAGAGGGCGCUUUCAUCCUGCAGCCCCCGAACCGGGUUAAACCCAACUUGCAGUCUGUCCCGCCGGACCUCCAGCCGACUGUGGGCAUAUCUGUGACAUUGAGAGCUGAAGAUAUCAGUAAUCAGUUAGAUGUUGAAAACGGGCCUAAAACUCCAGUGAAGAAAGGCCCUGUUCCAGCCGGCCGUCAUGAGGAGCACAGAGUCCCGAUGAGCCCGUCACCUGCCAGGAAAUCACCGGACCGCCCUGUCUCAUCUCCAGCUGCUUCUCCUGAGCACCAGCACUCUGAGAGCGAGGCCGAGAGUCUGUCCAGUGACGUCAGACAGGCUCCGCCCACUACACAUGACCGACAGGCUCCGUCCACCGCACUUGACAGACAGGCCCCACCCACAGCGCAUGGCAAGUGUUCACACACAUGCAGAAGAACUUCAUUUUUUGAAAAUAAAAUAAAACAUAAAAAAGAUGUUCCUGUUGCUCCAGAUGAAGCUGAUGCCGCAGAUUCGUCUGUGUCAGUUUCUGCUCCAAAGAUCUCCAUCCCUGCCUCCGCGCACCACUACUGCUUCUCUCUGGACCUGCGCAGCGUCCGGGAUCUCAGGACCAGCUUCCCCGUCAACUGCAUCCUCAGAUACGCUUACCAGUUCUUCGGCAGUGCGGCUCCCAUCAUGACGAGUCCAGCGGUGGAGGUGAAGAAGAACACGGAGGUGUUUCUGCCGCAGUCGUACUGCGCCUUUGAUUUCGCUGCUCUGCCCAAUCAGCUUCAGGACACUUUCCUCAGGGUUCCUCUGCUGGUGGAGAUGUGGCACAGAGAGCCGAACUCUCCAGAUGCUCUGCUGGGUUCUGUCAGUAUUCAGCUGUCCCGCCUCCUCAGCUCAGAGAAAACACGCUUCCUCGACGCGUCCGGCCGGCAGCGCUGGAGACAGAGCUGUUCUGAGAGGAUUCCCAUCAUUAAAGCAGACGGGUCUGAGAAGUUGGCUGAACUCUGUUAUGUGAGCGUUCUUGAAGAUCUGGGUUUUGUGAAAGCUCAAGAAAUCCUCGUCUCUGAAUCCUCACAGGCAGCAGUGGCUCCUCCUCAGGGUCACGGUGGGUCAGAGACGCUCACCCGACCUCGGGAGACCCUGGAGUACAAGGCAGCGCUGGAGCUGGAAAUGUGGAAGGAGAUGCAGGAAGAUCUGUUCGAUGAUCAGCUGAAGCAGAAGGAGUUGAGUCACAUGCAGGCGCUGGCGGAGGAGUGGAGGAGGAGAGAUCAGCAGCGGGAGGCGCUCAUCAAGAAGAAGGAAAUGGAGUACGGUCUUCUGGAGGAGCAGCUGCAGAAGACUCUGUCUGAUCUGGAGAAGAGAGAGAAAGCUCUGGCUCACGCUGAGACGGAGACGCAGAGACUGCAGCGAGAGAUGCGCGCCGAACACGAGUUCAGCAUGCGGGAGCUGCAGGACAGCGGCCGGCGUCUGCGCGAGGACUGCGCCCACCAGGUGGAGCUGGAGAGGUCGAAGGUCAGGCAGCUCGAGGAUCUACUGGCCCGGCAGCGACAGCAGAUGCAAGAGGCUGAGAAUAAACACAAGCAGCUGGAGAAGGAGUUUCAGCAGUACCGGGAUCAGCAGAGCGUUCGGCCGGAGAUCCGUCUGCAGUCAGAGAUCAACCUGCUGACCCUCGAGAAGGUGGAACUGGAGCGGAAACUGGAAUCGGCGACUAAAUCUAAACUGCAUUACAAGCAGCAGUGGGGACGAGCGCUGAAGGAGCUGGCCAGAUUCAAACAGCGUGAGCAGGAGAACGCCAUGACACGCUUGAAGAAGCAGCAGCAGGAACUGGAGCACAUGAGGCUUCGCUACCUGGCAGCUGAAGAGAAGGAAGCUGUCAAGAACGAGAAGAAUGAGCUUCAGGACAUCCGCAAUGAGCUGAACAGGCUGAAGGAGGAACCGCGGAGCUGGACGGAAGCGGCGCGCGCGUGCGUGAGCGAGAGCGCGGAUGAGCAUGUGAUGCGUCUGCUGGAGGAGAGAGACACGCUGCUGCGCACCGGCGUUUACACGCACGACGACCGCAUCAUUUCCGAGCUCGACCGGCAGAUUCAACAGGCCAUGGGCGGCAGGAGCACGUGACUAAAGCCCCUCUGUCUUUUAUAACGCAUUAAUGUUACUAAUAAAUAAUACGCGUCAGUGAAGACUGUUAGAGGAGAGGUUGGUUUUGUUACCUCAUACCAUUUCACUUUGUCAGAACAUAUUCCAUGACGUUUUGCACAGAUUUAAUGUAAAUGUGUGUGUGAGCUUUCAGCAGGUGGUGCUGUUUCUCAACAAAUCAUUUUUUAACACUUUAGCGCCUUAUCAGGGAUUAUAUGUGACUUUAUUUAUAGUUUGUCUGUGUGUUUUGUACUAGCUGUGUGAAUCUCGGAUGAAAUAAAUAUUUUUCUGUUUUCCUA